AUGCUCUUGUCUCUCGCUUUCCUAUCCUCUCUUGCGUUGGCAGAUAUUGUUUAUGUCACAUCCACUUUUCUAACUACUUCCAUUCGGGUGAUAACAGUAACCCAUUGUUCAGACAAUGGAUGCAGUUUAAAACCCAGGACAUACACAGACGUCGUGACAUCUGAAGUUUAUUCCACUGAUUACCUGACUUAUUGUCCAGAAACAGACUCCACCACUACAAGUUCCACCACUACAUCUACAUCUGAGCCAGAGCCAUGUACAACCUCUUCAACUACCGUUACGACAUCGCCUUGCACGACGACAUCUACUAGCUCCAGUUCUAUUAGUUCUAUUAGUUCCAGUUCUAUUAGUUCCAGUUCUAUUAGUUCCAGUUCUAUUAGUUCCAGUUCUAUUAGUUCCAGUUCUAUUAGUUCCAGUUCUCUUAGUUCCAGUUCUCUUAGUUCCAGUUCUCUUAGUUCCAGUUCUAUUAGUUCCAGUUCUAUUAGUUCCAGUUCUACUAGUUCCAGUUCUACUAGUUCCAGUUCUAUUAGUUCCAGUUCUACUAGUUUCAGUUCUAGUUCUGAUUCUUUGAGCUCCAUUGUCACUUCCUCCUCCGCUUCUGAGCCCACAUCUUCGGUUGCUUCCAGAUACAGUUCUCUGACAAGCCCAACUCCACAUUCGGUUCUCUCCUCUGCUUUGAGCUCUACUCCAGCUCUGUCUACUCCCCCAUGUACGACACACACGAGUCUGACUACAAGCUCGAGUUCAAGCACGAGCGCAAUUUCUAGUUCAAGUACAUCUUCUAGCUCGAGUUCAAUCUCUAGCUCAACUUCUGUCUCGAGCUCAAGCUCAACAUCAAGUUCAAUUUCAAGUUCAAUUUCAAGUUCAAGCUCAAGUUCAAGCUCAAGCUAA